AGCUGUCCUUUCCAAUGAGAACACGUGUUUCUGUGUCGUCAUCAUAUAUAAUGUGUUUCUGCCGCAGAUUCUUUCUUUGUGAUAAUGUCGGCUGAAUAUGACAAUAGAGACAAUGGCCCAGAGGGCAUGGAGCCAGAUGGCGUCAUUGAGAGCAAUUGGAACCAGAUUGUGGACAGUUUUGAUGAGAUGAACCUCUGUGAGUCUCUUCUAAGAGGAAUCUACGCCUAUGGUUUUGAAAAGCCAUCCGCCAUCCAGCAGAGAGCCAUUAUCCCUUGUAUCAAGGGUUAUGAUGUGAUUGCUCAGGCCCAGUCUGGCACUGGGAAGACUGCCACCUUUGCCAUUUCAAUCCUACAACAAGUUGAUGUGGAACAAAAGGCCACUCAAGCUCUGGUUCUAGCGCCCACUAGGGAGCUGGCUCAGCAGAUCCAGAAGGUGGUGUUGGCCCUCGGAGAUUACAAGGGAGCAAGUUGCUAUGCCUGUAUUGGAGGAACUAGUAUCCGUGCUGAAGUCCAGAAGCUUCUAGCAGAAGUUCCUAUUAUUGUGGUGGGAACCCCUGGCCGCGUCUUUGACAUGAUAACUCGCAAUCUGCUUUGUACAAAGAAUAUCAAAAUGUUUGUACUUGACGAAGCCGAUGAGAUGCUCAGUCGAGGGUUCAAGGACCAGAUCUAUGACAUCUUCCAGAAACUUUCGAGCAGCACACAGGUUGUACUCUUGUCAGCCACUAUGCCAACUGAUGUCUUGGAGGUCACAAAGAAGUUCAUGCGGGAACCUGUCCGAAUCUUGGUGAAGAAAGAGGAGCUAACCCUGGAGGGUAUCCGACAGUUCUACAUUAAUGUUGAGAAAGAGGAGUGGAAGCUAGACACACUCUGUGAUCUGUAUGAAACCCUGACGAUCACACAAGCUGUCAUCUUCAUCAAUACCAGGAGGAAAGUGGACUGGCUCACUGAAAAGAUGCAUGCCAGAGACUUUACAGUCUCUGCUCUGCAUGGUGACAUGGACCAAAAGGAAAGAGACUUGAUCAUGAGGGAAUUUCGCUCGGGCUCCAGUCGUGUUCUUAUCACAACUGAUUUGCUGGCCAGAGGCAUUGAUGUGCAACAAGUUUCCCUAGUCAUAAACUAUGAUUUGCCCACGAACAGGGAGAACUACAUCCACAGAAUUGGUCGAGGAGGUCGAUUUGGCAGGAAAGGAGUGGCCAUCAACAUGGUGACUGAAGAUGACAAGCGAACCCUGAGGGAUAUUGAGACAUUCUACAACACCACUGUUGAGGAGAUGCCCAUGAAUGUGGCGGAUCUUAUCUAAAAAUAAAUAAAUAAAAUGAUGCAUGCCCCACCACCCCUCUCACGUUAAAGGUCAAACCUAUUUUACAAUGUGAUUUGAUUCCCAACAAUGUCACUUCUUCAGGAAGUGGUACUGCUUGACCAUAAAUACUUGGACUUAGGUUAUUUAAAGCAGUUUCCAUGAUAUAUUGGUAUUGAAAGCAAAUAUGAGCUAAAAGUGCAUACUUAAGUUAGUUUGCAUUAAAAUUGGUUUAAAUAUGUCGGAAUUUUACCAAUCUGCCAGCGGUCCACUGCUAUUGGGACCAAAAUGAAGUUGAAUUGGUUAUUGUUGUGUGGCCAUGUAUUUUGAGUACUUUAAGUUGUUGGCUAUAAACUGUCAGUGUAAUGUCUAAAGAGCUUCAUUUGCCAGUAAAUUAAGCCAUUAUUACCCUAAAAACCAAAGCAAACAGUGUAGCUAAACGAUCACUUUCUUACCAGAAAACUUACUAUUAAAUUUGGGCUUAUCAGAAUGCUUGCCCCCCCAAUUGGGAAAAACCAUUUUGUUACAGUUUCUCUAACCCCCCAUUAGUGUGACAGUUGGGCAGAUGAACAGAUCACUUCCUGUCUCUCUAUAGGUUCUAGACUUCAUUGAUGGUAUAGUAUUUGUGAUGGUGUUGUACAUGUCAGUUUGUGGUCUUAAUGAUCACAUCUGGACACGAGGAGCCACAUCUAAAUUAUUCCUAAGUUUGCCCAACUUUUUGAAUGCUCUGAAAUUAAAUUUGAAACACUUGAAAUUCAUAACUUGCUUUGAAGUCCAAUAUACUGUGAAUGAUUUGUUAGAAUAUUGUUGCUGUCCAAAUGGCUAUGGGCAUGAUUUUAAAUUCCACCUUUGAUUGCCAACUGCACUCGGAGAAGGAAGAGUGCGCUCUGAUUAGGAUGAUUUGGUGUCGACUUCUGCUUACCUUAACUAAAGACCUUAACAUUUUCCCCUUUGCACCUUUUUGUCCCUUCUAGGUGUGUGUGUGUGUGUGUGUGUGUGUGUGUGUGUGUGUGUGUGUGUGUGUGUGUGUGUGUGUGUGUGUGUGUGUGUGUGUGUGUGUGUGUGUGUGUGUGUGUGUGUGUGUGUGUGUGUUGCAUACCAUUUACAGUCUUGGCAAAAAUGAUCUUUGUGGGCCAGUUGAGCCAAAAAGAACAGGCUCAGCCCGUGUUUACCGUUGACAAAAUUAACUCCAACCUUAUGUGUUGUGGAUAACUUAAUAUGUCAGUUUUGUUAAUGCUGGUUUAAGUGACAAAUACUCAGAGAAACUAGAAGGGAUAAAAACUUUGCAUUUUCACUCCUCAAGCCUGAUUUAGCAUUGUUAUAUUUUUAUCUUACAAAAGGGGAAAAUGUGCCUGAAGUGAGUUACAUGUCUGCAGGAGUGCAAAACUUUGUCAACACUUUUAAUAAGUAUUAAAAAAAAAAAUUUUUUUUUUGUCCCCCCCACAUUAUUUGCUUUGUUGAACGUUGCUAACUUGAUGUCUAACUGUUUAAAGAAUGUUCUGUAUGCAAGGUGGCUGUGAUUGGUUCUGGUUAUUGCAGAGUGAAAACUUGUGUAAUGGGCACAGGAUUUAACCAGAACAGUGGU